AUGGUGACCUGGAUUCUUUUUCUGUUCCAGUCAGCGCUUGCAUGUGAUCUUCCAGAUUUGCCGCCUCUUUUAAGCUAUUUCUCACCUUCAUUUGAAAACACUAAACACUUAGAAACCUCAGGAAGAUUUUUAGCUCCUGAAGACAGCUUGACAUGGGAUCUCAAUUUACCAGAAGACUCCUGAAUAAGGUAAUCCAUAUACAGAAUUUCCGCAGAACCUCGCCUUCACGAUCUCAAAAUAUCAAUCCUUAGAUCUUCAGACACUAUUUUAUCCUCACUCUCCCUUUUAAAUUGAAACACAAAAUUCUGUACCAGGCUAAUUUUUCCAAAAUAAAUAUUACAAUAAUUUUUUUUUAUAAUUUAAAAAUUAAAAUAUAAAUUGAACACAAUAUAUUUGAAUUUUAAUUUAUAAUAUGAAGGAUUAAUUCAAAAAAAUUAAACUAUUCAGUGCGAAAACUGUGUUUAAAUAAAUAUUAUACUUGCAUCCUUUCGAUUAAAUCUAUUUUAUAAAAAUUUGUAUUUUUCUUCUAAACAAAUUCAUUGAAAUAAAUUCUUGUUCCAAUUUCAAGGAGGAAUCAAACGCUGUCCAAGAAGAAUUCUUAAUGAUUUCAAAUAAGCUUACAAAAGGAAAUUACUACAUAAUCAUCACAUCCACAAAUGCAAUUAUCACUGACGAAGAAGAUAAGAAAAAUGAUAAAGACUGCAAUCUUCCCAAUCUUUUUUUUAAUAUUGCAAUCCACCCCUACUCAAAUCUGCAAGAGUUACUCCCAAAAUCUUUAGAUAACUAUAUAGAAGGGUUCCCUGACUUAUCUGAUGCCAGUGAUACGCUUGAAGCUUUUGCCCCUUAUACAGGGACUCAUUCUACAUAUCUACUGAAAACAUCAGAUAUUGCACUAGGAGAUUCAAUAAUAAAAACCUUUGAAUUUAAUAAUCCUGAGGUAACUCAAGAUUUAAAAGACAUAGGGCUUACUGGAAUAUGAAAACUCACAUUUUCGCUUCGUAAAAAUUAUUUAGAUUAUGAUUUUCUUACUGGAGGAGGCCUUGGUCUAUUGUUCUCAAAAGCAAAAACAAAUUUCACGAAAUUUUCAAAACUUCAAUGUGUAAAAAAAGGGUCAUGUCUGUUUGGAAGACGAGUUGAUAAAAAUGCAGUCACAGUAUAUUCAGGAUUUGGGGCAGGCAAAUUUGCUGUUACUGUGUUCUAUUAUGGGAUGACACUGGCUGAGCAUGAUAUGUUGGUCUCUAUUGGUGAAAAAAUCCCUUUUUCUCUUCACGUGAAUAUUGAGCCAGUAAUAGAAAGAGAAGACAGGUUUAACUGUGAAGCUGCACAUAUACCAGCAAAUCUGAAUGGUCCUGGGCUUAUGGAUGCAAAUGGGUUUUUAAGAUACUCUGAUAGAGUAAUAGCUGAUUUUCUCAAUAUAAAACAAGUCACUGAGUUUCAAAUAGAAAAAUCAUCUGUGCUAAGAAUUGCUACUGUAGAACCGUCUGGGAUUGAUGUAGAUAUCUUGCUUAAAAACAACCAAGGCAUUGAAAUUGGAAAAAGCAACGCAAUUGGGGAAAGCGAAGGAGUGCUUAAAGAACUCCCUGCAGGAAAAUAUACAAUUGAGUUUGGAGUAUUAAAUAGUGUUAUGGAUGACCCUCGACACAAAUUUUGUGAAACUUUUAUAUUAGAAAUCGGAAUUUCUCCACACGAAGCAGUUAGAGGUCUUUCAGACUUUUUAGGCUUAAAUACAUGUGAGGACAAUACUUCGUUUUUAUCUGAAAAAUUCGCUAAAAUCAGUGAAAGUUUAAAUUCAACGAAGUCAAAAGUUGAUUUAAGCUCAGCGCCUGGAGACUUUUUCAGAGUCCCAUUAAAAUCACUAAUAAAAGGAGAAGAAAUUGUAUUCCAGUCAACUUUUUAUUUGCCAAUUUCUGCAUACUGUUAUUUUGAUAUUUAUUCAGAUUUCGUUAUAAAUGAUUUUACGAUUUCAUUAGAAAAAAGACUGCCGAGGGAAAAUACAGAAAUAAUUAAAGGAGACACAACUGACGCUCUGAAGCUUGGAAAGCAUGAUAGAAGAUCUUUUCAAGGAGAACUCGCUCCAGGAACGUAUAUUUUUAGUAUAAAAUCUGGCCCUACAUCAAAAGAGCUAUCAUAUGCUACUAAUGAAAUUGAAAAUGUUGAAGCUUUUGAUAACUAUAAUGUUUUGCCUCACUGUGGAGCUUUUCAAUUAAGAGGAAAACUAGUAGGAACUAGUGAAACUAAACUGAAAAAAUGGCCAUGUUACCAAGAAGAUGCCCAGCUUUUCCCUCCUACGCUCAAUACACUUGAUAAACUAGGAUUAAAAGAUACCCCAACAGAAUAUUUGCCAGUCACAAAAGUGUUUAUCCCAAAUAUAAUGUCUCCAAAUUCCUAUACCAAUGCUACUAAUGAGAUAGCAUUUUAUUUAAACACAGAAAGCUUUAUUAGGGUUUCAGCAGAAAGUGAAGGCUCACCUAUGAGGGUAUCUCUAAUACUAGGGAAAAGUGAAAUUAUAAGUGAUGGGGCACCUGGAGAAAGAGAUGUCUCUAUAUAUACAUUUAAUCAGAUUUUAAAGCAGCAUCAGAGUUACAGAUUAGUUGUUUCUUAUUACCCAAACUCUAAAGAUGCGUGCCAUACUUAUUCUUUAUUAAUAGAAAUUGCUUCAACUUCAUCUUUAGUAGCUGGGUCUUCUAAAAACUGCAACCAAAAGCUGCCAGGUGGGGAAAUAAUGACAGAGCGUUAUAUUGAAAACACUGGACCAAUCCUAUUUGGUUUCAAUGAUCCUGAAGGGUAUUCUCAGCUAAUAAAUGAGCUUCAAUAUGAGUUUCUGCAGUCCUCAAAACCAUUAAAUAUAGAAAUUCCUUUUAAAAUUACAUCUGAGACCGCCCUUCUUACAGGCCAUAUCCAAUCAGAUUUUCUACAAAGUGGACUUAUUCUGCAAGUCCUUAAAGAUAAAGAAAUUGUAGAAUACGGAAGUUUUGAAGCUUCCCAUAGAUUUGAACUCCCAGCAUUUCCAUUAGCACAAGGAGACUACACAUUAGUAUUAAAAGAAACUGGGAAAUCUUUAUAUAAAUCCUGUGUGAAAUUCUCUACAAGUAUUAUAGUAGAAGACAUGAUGUUAUGGGACGACAUUGAGUCCAUGAUAAGGAAAACUGAAACCUGCUCUUUUAUUGACCAGCCUGGAUCACUUAAUCUGGUAGGGCAGCUCCAAACAGGAAACUUGCACUGGAACAAAGAGCUAGAAUUAGAUGUAUUAGCAGGUGCCAGUCUAUUUGAUUUUGAAAUUGGAGAAGACUCAAUAAUUAGGGUAUUUGUGGUCCCUCAGAAAGAAAUACAAUUUGAAAUAAGUUUAAUGAAGGCUGGAGAUAUUUUUGAAACGAUUCAAAAAGUGACUGUAGAAGAACUUAGUGAUGGGCUGCAUAAAUUAUUGAAACCAGGGAGCUAUUUAUUAGAAAUUAGUUAUUAUAAUGAUGUAGCGUUACCUUCUAUGCGGCUUUGUCCAAGUUUCGAGAUGGACCUACAAAUUAUUACUAUGACAGAGUUCCAAAAAAUUGCAUCAGUUUACCAAUGUUCAGGACCAGCAGCUCUUCCAACCGUUUUUGAUGCGAAAACAGGUAUAAAUGAAGUUAGUAUCAUGCAUAAUUCUCAAGCAAUUGACCAUGUGAUUGCUCUUGACUUUGAAAAAAACAGCGAAUUUGAAGCUAUUAUUUCUUUUGAAAAUGCACUGUCAGGGUUUAUCUCACUUGAGCUGUCUAAUGAAAAUGGAGUAGUUGCAAGAAUACAUUAUAAUGGCGUGGUUAAUCAACCCACCCUCUUAACCCAUGUAUUCGGAUACCCCAAAGGUCUCCGGGACAUUGAGGAAGGGAGGCUGGAGUUCGAUAAGUGCAUCCAGUUAGGUUUUUCUUGGUCUUUGGUGAGCGCAAUGCCGGAUUGACUGACCGCAUACUUUACUUCUAUGCCGAGAUUUUGCCUCAGAGGGAGAUGAAAGGGAGAUGGAUCAGAAGUUGGAAAGGGACUUCCCAGUAGUGUCAAUGGUCUUCGUCUUGACCAUUCGGGGACUAUUACCCAGCAUGAAACCAGGAGUUACGCCUUGGGCUACGGAUUUUCAUUCUAGCCGAGAGUCGGGGUGAGCGUAGCGUUAUGGAAGGGAAUAAGGAUCUUCGGAUCUCAGCAGGGAGCUUUUCUAUAAUCUAAGUAAGUGUAGCUGCGAGGUAGUUGCAAGAUCAAUAGGAAUUGAAAACUAUAGUGAGCUUAUUAUGGAUUUAGAAAAAGGCAGCUAUAUCUUAAAAGUAAUUUCUUCACAUGGCACUGAAAUACCAAAUGCUUGUUGGCCUUUACAAGUAUCAGUUAUGACUUCUGAUAUAACUGCUGACCUUAUCUGCAAUGGAGGCGAAUUGCCACCUUCCCUGACUUCAAAAUAUUCCAGGACCUUUGGAGGGCCUCAAGCUAGAGAUGGAUCUAUUUCUUUUCACGGAGUUUUUAACUCCCCCCCCCCCCCUCCGUGAGCGAACAAAACCAUUAGAAAAAUCGCCAUUUUUUGACCAAAAACCCACCCUCCGUGAGUGAACAAAAAUUUUUUUAAUAGAAAAAAUUUUAAUGGAAAAAAAUUUUGAUAUAUAAGUGAUAAUUAGUAUAAUGAAAUCUAGAGCUAAUUCUGUUUAAUUUUAAACAAAUUGCGUUUUAAAACAUAAAUUUUGCAAAUUAAAUUAAUAUUUGCUUCCAAAUUUUUGCAAAUUAGGAUUUUUUUAAAUUCGAAAAAAAUAUUUUUUAUAAAAAAUUUAUAUAUAAAUUUUUUUUUAAAAAAAAAAAUUAACCCCCCUCCGUGAGCGAACAAAAUUUUUUUUGUUCGCUCACGGAAGGGGGGGGGGGGGAGUAAGAUAAAAGAAGAAGUCAACUCAGAAGUCCUCAAAAUUGCUGCCCCAAAAAGCGGGAUUGCAAGAAUCAUGACUAUUUCUCAUAAUCCUAAAGUUUUCAUUGAAACUGCAGUUUACAAAGAUGCUGAUUUCAGAGACCCUUUAGCAUAUUCUAAAAAUAAAUCAAACAUGGGAAGCUAUAUUUUUAUGAUAAAACCACAGAAAAACCCUUAUUAUUUAUUAAUCACAUAUAUAAAAGACAAAAUCGAGGAAUCCUGCGUAACUUAUGAAAUGAAAAUUGUUAUUGAAACUACUCAAGAAGUCGAAAAUAUUUUGAAAUGCAAAACAAAUGAUCAUGAUCUUGCCAAAAUUUUGCCGAAGACUACUAUUAAUUUUACGAAAGAAAAAGAAAUGUAUGGGUCUGAUAAUUUUGUGAUUUUUGAUAAAUGGAUGAUUGGGGAAAAAAAUAAGUUUCCACCUGGAGUAAUAUAACCUGAGCCUCCUUUUGGCUCAAGAAUACCGACAUCUCCUGAUAUAGGAAGAGGAAUUGGUUACCAGCAAUUGUUGAUAAAACCAACUCCUCAGAUGACAGAUACACUCUGUAUUGGAGAUUUGCCAUCUCGGAAGUUGGUUUUGCCAACAAAUGCUGGUAGAACCAACUCCUUCCAGCAGAUGAAGACCUCGAUAUAACCCGAGCCAGAAGGAGGCUCAGGCUAUAUCAGAUGGGAAUGAAAAUUCGAACUUUAUGUAUGAAAUGACCCUGAAUUUGCCAGCCAAAGCACUAUUGUCAAUUGAGGCUACUUAUGAUUUUUUAACAAAUGAUAUAAGUAUGAUAUUGACAAAAGAUGAUCUCCAGAUAAGUAAAAGUAGAUGGGAAAGCCUUACUGACGAUGAAAUAGGUGAGCUUAUGAACUUUGCAAGUAUUUUAGAAAACGAAGAGCUGGAGCCAGGAGAGUAUAAGCUCCUGCUUAAACAAACAGUAGCUUCUAACCAUUUAGUACAAAGAUACAAAGAUAUUGAUUCAUGCUUUCCUUUUUCCUUUAAUAUAGAGUAUAUCCCUGUGGUAGAAGAAAAAAAGGCUAAAAGCUAUAUGAUAACUUUAGCUGACCCUGGGACUUUGACUCAUCAUAACCCUAACGAAGAUUUAAAUAUUCUUCUUGUUUUUGACGUUCCUAUUGAAAAUCCUAAAGAAAUAGGAAAAUUGGUGACUUUGGAGAGUGACCAAUAUGUAAAGGUGAUAGCUGGAUCAAUGCAAGUGUCUCAAAAUAACCCUAAUAAGCUGAAAUUUAAAUUUGAGGCUGCAAAACUAAGAGAAAGCACGUGCUAUCAGCUAAAAAUUGAUGAUAAAACUAUAACGCCUUCAGGGUUUCAAUUAUUAUCAGAUGGUCUUAGGCACAGCUACUGCACUAUAGGCUGCGUUUGCAAUCCCAAAGUAGGAUAAGGAUUAUUAAAGACAGGGUGCUAGCCAUAUUGGUGAAACAGCCACCAAAGACCUCCGUAUGGGAGGUUCAUCCAUUUUGCGGCAAACUGCUCAGUAAGUCUUGCUGUAACCGGUACAGUUUUCUUCUCCUUGUCUUGUGAUUUCAGUCUUGAGUGGGCAGCUUAUGGAUUUCUGCUACCCUGCAACGGGCGAUUCGGAGUAGCUGAUUUUAGGGAUUGGCUGAUGAGUCUAUCAAGUGUGAGUGCCUUUGCUUGGCAGCUAUAGGAAAAGACUGUUCCCUAUGGCCUUGACCGAAACCCGAUUUCUAGGCUAUGAUGCUCAAAGGUCUGAAUGAAAUUGCUGAGCACCUCCAUUCCAACCACUGGAAAGAAGCCAAAACCUACCCGGAUGCACAUUUCUGAGACUGCACUUAUUUCUCAGCUUGCUGCCAUUUUAAUGUAUGCAAUCCCAAAGCAAAUGCAAUUUGUAACGAAGCAUUAAAAUGCGUCUGCCCAGAACCUUAUACAGGUAUAACUUGCCAUGAGUGCAUUACUAAUUUUUCACCAGUAGACGGAGUCUGUGUUGAAGACAUAAUUGAAAAAUCAGCUUCUAUAUCUGAAAUAACACUGAGCAUUACUUCCCCAAUGAAAAAAGACCAAAUAUUAAAAAUUUUUGUUACCUUCAGCUCAGCGCCUUAUAACUCCCAAAAAGGUAAAAUCACAACCCUUAAAAACAAUAAAGCUAUGAUUGACUCUGUCUAUGUUUUUAAUGAUGUAACUCAACAAAUUGUCAAAGCAAACUCAGCAAUUCCUUUAAAUAAAGGAGAAACUAAGUGGAAACUGGAAUUUGACUCAGAAGAUUUAGCUUAUGGCGCUUCUUAUACAGUUAAAAUUGCCAAAAGCUCGCUAUAUGAUGAUGAAGGAAACGAAUUCCAAGUAAAUGCAUCUUUGCCUCAGUUUAAAGUAGAAGCAAAACCAGAUAAGCCAAUAGGAUUUCAUAAAAACUGUGGACCAAACGGAGCACUUGAUAUAUUAAAUAAUUGUUCCUGCUUUGAAGGAUAUGCAGGCGAUUUAUGUGAAAUUUGUGAUAAAGAUUUCAUAAGAAAUGAGUUUGGUGCAUGUGAGAGAGUUAAAACACCUGAAGUUAUUGAACCAGGCCAACAAGCUGAAUCUGACCCAUCUGCAAUUGUUACUAGCAUUUCGCCUGAAGGUAAGCAAACUAUUACACAAGAAAACUUUUCUGUGUCAAUUGAGCUUUCUCAGCAAGCUUAUACAAGUGAAGGAUUAAUCAUAGACAAGCUUACAAACUCUGACAUAAUUGGCAAAGCUUUUGUACUGAUGAAGCUAAAAUCAAAAAAAUAUUGACUUACUUACUUAAUUAAGAGGUUAAUCGAGGUCCGCUUUGUUAACUCGGUUACCAAGGAUCCCUCCAGGGGAUUCAUCCGCUUUGAGGGACGUCUACUUCCGAUUGCCAGUAAAGCAGGUUGUCUGGCUGUCACCUCCUCCUUGCCAUUUCGCGGUGGCUCCAGUCUUGAGUGGGUGGACUAUAGGUUCCGCGGCCUUGCUUCAAGCUGCAGCGACAAGGUUGCCUGCACAUAAAAUCCAAAAAUGGAUUUUCUUGCCGACUGUCGACAAAAGGAAAAAUUUGUAGCCCUGGUUUCACGGUGGGCAAUGCCCAAGUCUCCUUUGUCCUCGAGGUAAAACCCAAACCAAAAAAAAAAGCGCAAGGGUUAGGCUCCUUACAUUACAGGAAUUGCUUACUUAGCAUAGCUGCCCAUCUCCAGCUUGGUAAAACCUUGUGGGAUAUAAUUAAAAAUAUGUGCUCGAAGGUAGUUGGCACAGCCGACCGCGGAGCACUGAGCAUUGAGGCGCCAUAUUUUUAAAUUAUAUAAAUUCAAAAAAAUACAUCAGGCCAAAAAAUGUGGCUGCGUUAGAUAAGCAAGGACUGAGAUGGGAAUUUCAGUUCAAUAAAGCUGACUUAGAAAGUGGGGCAACUUAUAAGUUCGUCCAAGUAAAAGGAGUUUUAUAUACAAAUAAAGGGAAAAUAUUUACAGCUCCUACAGUAGUUCCUCCAACAUUUGUAUUAGGAAAUGGAAAUAAUGAAGAAAAAACUGUUAAAUGUUCACAGAACGGCAAAUUUAAAGAUAAUAUCUGUGUCUGCAAUAAAGGAUAUGCAGGGGAAGGCUGCUAUAUUUGUGAUACAGGAUAUGAAAAAAAUGAGGUUAAUAGCUGUGUUUUGAAAGAAAGCAAAAAUAUUGAUAACUUGUUUACAAAUAAUGAGGAAUCAGUCUGGGGCACCAUUUUCUACUGUUUAGGAUAUUUAGCUUUAGGACUAGCACUAUUGUACUUAAUUAAUAAAUACAGAAAGAGCAAAGGCACUCAAAAAUAUGAAAAUAUCGAAAUGGCGACUAGGAAUCAGCCUGAUGAAGAAGAAAACAUUGAUAUUCACUCAACAAGAUUUGAUAGCUUGAGAAGCAAGCCUAACAUAUUUGAUGACUAA